AUGCCGCUCAGCCGCCCAAUCCCCGAGGAUGUCGAACGGCUCAUCAUUGCUUUCCUCCCAAACUCCAUUCCCCCGGCUCUCUCCGCUCCGCCUCGGUCUGCCGUCCGCAAUCAAGGUCUCACCGUCGCUAUGCGAGUCUGCAAGAGGUGGAAACCCGUGGCGGAGUCCUAUCUUUACACCCACAUCGUCUGCGACAACAUUCCUUCCCUCUUCACUCAACUUACCUCGCCCGCCUCCGGAUCCAGCGCGCACUUUGAGCACACCAAGUCACUCCGGCUCGAGUACCGCGAGAAGGGCGCCGAACCCUCCUACAUGAGUCUUCUGAGCGGGGAUAGAGGACCUGUCGGGGACGGCUGGAAUGGGAUCGGAGGGUCAACGGCGGAGACAUCAAAACGGCGAAUGAGGGAGUGCGAAAAGGAAGUCACCGAGCUCCAUGCUGCUAUCGAGCUAUUCUCGGACAUUCGGCAGGACACCGCCCUCCCCAACCUGCAGUCUCUGGCCAUCGGUUCGAUAUACGGUCGGGACUACAGCCACUGGCGCCAACUCCGUCGGGAAUACACCAAGCGGAGCAAGACUCUCCCGAACGAGUGGUUUUGGAUCGGUCAGAAACUCCACAUCUUCAUCAAUACGGGCGCGUACACCUCACUCUGCAUACGCGACCUCCACGGACCGCUCGUACCCCAACCCUUCACCUUGGCCGAGUCCAAUCCCGUGUACACCACUACCUGUCAUUUUGACACGGAUGUCCCUCACCUCCCGGUCAUCAAUGGGGCUCCUACUUGGUGGAUCUACGAGGGCUCGGCUACCCAGCACUGGGGAAAGCUCAUUCGAGCAUUGGGUUAUGCCAUCCGGGCGCGAGUCCACUCCCGAACGGCAUCGCAGACCGACGGCACGCUCAGCCUCGCCGUAUCAUGCUCUACAACCCAGUCUGACGCCAUUCCCACCACCUUGGAGGCGUUCCACUCCAUGUACCCCUCUCUCCAGGGCGUGCCUCCUCCUCCCCUCCCUCCUGCACGUCCGGUCCCUCUCACGGUCGAUGAGCAACGGAACAUGUCGGCUCAGCUGGAAGCGGCUCUUCGACUGGCAAAUCGGGCGGACUUUGUGGACUGCCGACCCGGAGCCGUCCCAUACGAUUUCAGGUGGACCUGCACGGAGGAUGCGCCUGCCUGCGCUGCCUGCAGUCUGGCGUGA